AUGAUGUUCAAAAGGUCGCUAUGUGCCAUCGUCGGGGGCAUCUUGGCCCUCACACCAGUCAACGCGCUUCUUGCCGAGGGCCUCUCGCAUGAACAACUCGCCAAGAUCCGUCAACAAUUAAAGGACAGAGCCCACGUCAGCCCAGAGCUUGCUUGGCUAAGGCGACCGCCUGUUCCGGCCACAAAAGGCGUCAAAUCUCCCGCCGACCUCUUGAAUGGGCUUACCACUCGUCCUCAUAUUCC